GGCCCCUUCUCUCACUAGUCUCACUAUCAUAACAUAAUAUUAGUUCAUUACCAUUACCUCGUGGUUAAAAUUUCUAAAUUGUAUCGGGAAACGUAACUGAGUUAAAAUGCCUAAUGAUAAAAGUGAGAAAAAGAAGAGGAAGCAAGAAUCAUCCGAUAGCGACUCUGGUCCUGAGGAUCGAGAAGUUUCGUCGGACAGCAAGAAGUUAAAGCUGGAUAAAGAUGAUAUUGAUUCUUUCCACAUUGAGGGAAUGAAGUAUCUUAAAGUGCGUACGUUCAGAGGAAAAGUGCUCAUCGACAUCAGAGAGUACUACGACGCUGGCGGAGACAUCAGACCGGGAAAGAAAGGCAUUUCACUGAGCGCCACCCAAUGGAAGAAAGUUGUCUCUUUGGUAGGUGAAGUGGAUGAGGCAUUGAAGAAAGUCUAGAUGAAGUGAUUAUAGGUUAAGUGUCUAUUGCAAUUGUCAAUUGUAAGCAAGGGGGAUUAAGUUAUUGUUUUCUAUAAGGAGUGAACUUGUUUUUCCAACGAUCAGUAAAACCGAAAAAGAGCUGUGGUUGAUUCCGUAAAUGAUAAAAAUGCUCUCAGUUUUGUAUCUUAGGGGGAUUUAGAUUCGUUAAGAAAUAUAUUUAAAAUGUGCCCAAGCAGUUUGAACAACACAAGUAAUUGUAAUUAAAUGUUGACACUGUAAAUGAUAAAGGAUCUCUUGUAAAAGUAUUCUUAUAUAGGAAAUAAAGUCAUUUGUUUACCAAACAA